AUGACAGACACGAAAGAAGACGCCGACCACUUCAGUGCUUCCAGUCACCUGGAGAAUAUGCCUGCCGAUGAGGACGGGCCCUCCCUGGGCGAUUUGAAGUCGGCCAUUGACGACGGAGAUGUGAACAACCCUCAGAACUGGCCUUUAUCAGCCAAACUCUCCACUUACCUAACGAUUUGCUCGUUCACCUUCUUGGCCAACGUCAACUCCAGUAACUUUACGGUCGCCACGCAAGCCAUAAUCAAAGAAUUUCAUGUGAGCCAGACUCAGGCAGGGCAGCUGGUAUGCUUUAACGUCUUUCUCUUUGGCGUUGGAAACAUCUUCUGGGUUCCACUGAUGCGGGUCAUCGGAAAACGUCCUGUCUACCUGGUAGCGAUGCUGCUGCUCUGCAUGAUGAACGUGUGGUCCAGCCAAUGUACCAGCUACAAUGAGCUCCUUGCGUCGCGCAUUCUCUCGGGCUUCGCAGCCGCAGCCGCUGAUGCCACGGUGCCUGCUGUCGUGGCUGACAUGGUCGCCGCCAAGGACAGGGGACACUACAUGAUGUUUUUCCACCUCGCGAUGACGGCAGGUCUCUUCGUGGGCCCAUUGAUCAAUGCCUAUCUCGUCCAGCAGCAGAAUUGGCGCUGGAUGUGCUAUUUCCUGUCAAUAGCAGUGGCGGUGAUCCUGAUGAUCGCCACCUUUACCAUCCGAGAAACAACUUACCUAAAAAAGCCCACUGAAAGCCGAGUCAAGCGAUCCCAGUGGCAGUGGAUGUCGCUCACGCUCGGCUAUAAUCGGGACGCUUCAUUCUUGCAAGCCAUUCUGGAUAUUUUGGCCAAUGCUGCGUACCCGCCUUUGAUUUGGUGCUCGUUGACGAUUGGGAUCUCAGUCGGAUGGAAUAUCGUGGUUCAAUUAACGUCGUCCCGCACAUUUUUGAAGCCGCCUUACAACUUUGAGCUCGGCGAUCUGGGUCUUCUAUCCCUGGCUGGAUUCAUUGGCUGCGUACUUGCAUUUUACGCGGGCGGUCGGCUGAUCGACAUCAUCUCCAACCGGAGCACCUUGAAACAUGGCGGAGUUCGCAUGCCCGAGUAUCGAUUACCAGCAAUAGUGAUCCCAGGCACUAUAGGACCAGCAGGAAUCUUGAUCUUUGGACUCUGUGUGGCACACAAGACACACUGGAUCGGUCCUGCUGUAGGGUACGCCAUGCAAGCCUUUGGUGUGGCUGCUAUAUCUAACGUGGCUGUGACUUACUCGCUAGACUCAUAUAAGCCGGUGACUGGCGAGGCGCUGGUGAUUAUUUUUGUCAUUCGCAACACUAUUGGCAUGCUCCUUUCUUUGUAUGCCGCAGAUUGGAUUGAGCGACAGGGUACAGCCGCCGUAUUUGGAGAGAUGACGGCCAUCCAAGUCGUGAGCGUUCUUUUUGCUAUUCCGCUAUUCUUUUGGGGUCGCUCCCUGCGAGCUUUCACGUCCAGUUAUGGACCGAUGAAAAGAUUCCGGGACUCGUGA